GUUACGUAGUUCCGUACAUGUGACUGACUGUCAUGGCAGCUCCUACCUGUAAACUGUAACUCCUCGGGGCUGUCUCUUCAGAAACAGUUCUGUUGCCGUGGGUCUCUGUAAAUAUGAGGUAUUUACGCGGACUGGGCCGCUCGGUCGCCUGCCUCCAUGUUCGUUCAUGUCACCAGAGCAUUUACAGCAGAAACUCUAACCCACGGAGAGUGGGAGUGGACCUUGGAGAGAAGAAACUUGAAAUCUCUUCAGGAAGGUUGGCCAGGUUUGCUGAUGGAGCUGCUGUAGUACAGCUGGGAGAGACCUCUGUGAUGGUGACCGCUGUCAGCAAAACCAAACCUUCGCUGUCUCAGUUCAUGCCACUUGUUGUGGACUACAGACAGAAAGCAGCUGCUGCAGGUCGAAUCCCCACCAACUAUCUGAGACGAGAGCUGGGCACCACAGACAAUGAGAUCCUCACCAGCAGACUCAUCGAUCGCUCGAUUAGACCACUUUUCCCUCCUGGAUACUUUUAUGACACUCAGGUCCUAUGUAACCUGCUUGCUGUUGAUGGUGUAAAUGAUCCAGAUGUGCUGGCAAUUAAUGCAGCUUCUGCUGCUCUGGCUCUGUCUGACAUUCCUUGGCAUGGACCCAUAGGUGCUGUGAGAGUAGGCAUGGUUAAUGGAGAGUUACUGGUCAACCCCACAAGGGCAGAGAUGGCUUCCAGCAGUCUGAACCUUAUUGUGGCCGGAGCUCCCAGCAGUCAAGUGGUGAUGAUUGAGGCAUCAGCUGAGAACGUGCUGCAGCAGGACUUCUGCCAUGCGGUGAAGGUGGGAGUUAAACACACCCAGCAGAUCAUACUGGCCAUCCAGCAGCUGGUGCGGGAGCAGAAGAUCACCAAGCGAACGCCAAUGAAGAUGUUCUCUGUCCCCACAGAGAUGGUGGAACACGUGCAGAAGUUAUCCUCUGAGAGUAUAUAUGCUGUUUUUACAGAUUACACACAUGAUAAGAUUUCAAGAGAUGAAGCGAUCAACAAAGUUCGGCUAGAAACUGAGGAGGACCUAAAAGAAAAAUUCCCCCAGGCUGACCCGUUUGAAGUCAUUGAAUCCUUCAACGCUGUGAGCAAAGAGAUCUUCCGGAAUUUGGUGCUUAAUGAGUACAGGAGGUGUGAUGGGAGGGAACUGACUGCUUUAAGGAAGAUUUUCUGCGACGUCGACCUCUUUAAGCCACUCCACGGCUCAGCUCUGUUUCAGAGAGGACAAACACAGGUGCUGAGCAGUGUCACAUUCGACUCCCUGGAGUCCAGCAUCAAGACGGACAUUAUCACUACAGCUCUGAGUGGCAUCAAAGACAAAAAUUUCAUGCUUCAUUAUGAAUUCCCUCCUUAUGCAACGAAUGAGACCGGAAAAAUGGGAGGGCUCAACAGGAGAGAGCUUGGACAUGGGGCUCUGGCUGAGAAGGCUCUGAGGCCCGUCAUUCCUAAAGACUUCCCUUUCACAAUCAGGGUCACAGCUGAAGUGCUGGAGUCAAACGGAUCGUCCUCGAUGGCUUCAGCAUGUGGAGGCAGCCUUGCUCUAAUGGAUGCAGGUGUUCCCAUCUCCUCUGCAGUGGCAGGUGUCGCCGUCGGUCUUAUCUCCAAGCCUAACCCAGAGAAACCAACCGAGAUAGAAGACUACAGAUUACUGACAGAUAUUCUGGGAAUAGAGGACUAUUUGGGAGAUAUGGACUUUAAACUGGCAGGAACAAACAAGGGCAUCACUGCUUUACAGGCUGAUGUGAAGAUUCCAGGUUUACCUCUAAAGGUGGUCAUGGAGGCGAUUCAGCAGGCCACAGUGGCAAAAAGGGAAAUCUUGGGCAUUAUGAACAAAUGUAUAGCAAAACCCAGAGAGAAGAGAAAAGAGAAUGGGCCUGUUGUUGAAAAUGUGCGGGUACCUGUGUCUAAAAGAGCUCGCUUCAUUGGUCCAGGAGGAUAUAACCUUCGUAGGCUUCAAGCUCAGACAGGUGUUACAAUAAGUCAGGUGGAUGAAGAGACUUUCUCUGUAUUCGCCCCAACUCCAGGAGCGAUGAACGAAGCCCAAGACUUCAUCAAAGAGAUCUGCAAAGACGAUCAAGAACAGCAGCUGGAGUUUGGAGCUAUCUACACUGCCACAAUUAUGGAAAUAAGGGACAUUGGUGUUAUGGUGAAACUGUAUCCCAACAUGACUUCAGUCCUGCUACACAAUUCCCAGUUGGACCACAAACGGAUUAAGCAUCCAAGUGCUUUAGGCUUAGAGGUGGGACAGGAGAUACAGGUAAAGUACUUUGGUCGGGAUCCAACAGAUGGAAGAAUGAGACUCUCUCGGAAGGUGCUCCAGUCUCCUGCUGCAACUGUUGUCAAGACGCUGAGUGAGAAGCAGAGCAUCUCCAUGGGUUCCAGCAGCAUCCUCAGGGAGAGCAAUGAUUGAUGACCUGGUGCCACAGCAGGCUUUUUAUGACAGAAAAGGUUUCACACUGCUGGGAUCUUUUUAUAAGAGAGACUUGUUGGGAAAACUAACAGCGAGAAGAGCAUCGGAUGAUUUUGUGAACUGAAAAAGGAGACAGAUCUGCUGAGUGUGAAGAUGACUGAGGUGCUGUUUGACAAAACAAGCAACCUGGGGGCAAUCUGCCUUAGAACGAGCACAAACUGAGACAGAAAUAUAGCUGCUUUUGAAAGGCUGGUGUCUUUCAAGUGAUCCUUUUGUUAUGUUGUCUCAGUGCAAACUGUUCAGAGAUGUGUACCCCUCAUCGCAGACCAACACCACUUCCAUUACUCACAGCUGAGUUACAAUACUGGCUCUUUUUCUGUGGGAGCUUCAUAUUUAAUAUCUGCGUUUCUCAUGUGUGCUUCAAGACUGUCCAGAUCAAAAUAUGGACACAACAAUAUGGAAGAUGACACAUUUAUCCUGUGUUAUGUUCAUAGUUUGUGAGUCAUCUGUAAAUAAAAGAAGUACAGGUUCUUUA